AUGCCCGAGAUUGGGGCUGUGCAAGGUAUCGCAGUUGGGACGAAAAAAUCAACAACACUCGGGCACAGUAGGUAUCAGAGAGUUAGUGUUGUGGUUGCGCUGCCAUCUGUUGGCCCAGAGCGCUUCGGCGGUACACAUCCAGUGUGCGAGCAGGCUCAAAAUGUGUAUAAUGUUGUGACCGUCGCAAUCACACGCCCAGACCCCCACCCAUCAUUCUAUAUCAACGCCGUCGGCGGGGCCCUGCGAUGUUGGGCUCAUCCGACACGGGUGACUCUCAUCCAGUACGGGCGCUUGCGCUUGAUUUGGCGGGUGGAGGCUCGAGCGAAGAGGCCAUCCAGUCGAGAUGGUGGACAGCCAUGGUGGCCGACAAUUCGUAAACAAACCCUGCGCGGCGGCAGGCCACGGGGAUGCAAUUGGCCCCUGAUGACCUCUUCCCUGUCCUUUACCCACCAACUUCAUGCCGUUUCAGCGGCCCAGGUUGCCUCUUACCAGGGCCUUGAACACUCUCCAAAUGCUAUCGCCUCUUCCAGACUGGUCUCGUGA